GGAGCGCGGCACCGACACCGCACCGGGACCGGCACCGGCACCACCUCGGGCACCGGGACCGCGUCAGGCACCGGGACCGCACCGGGCUCGGCGCUGAGCACUGGGGCCGCAGCGGGACCGCACCGGGACUCAGGACAGCAUCAGGCACCAGGACCGCUCCGGGUCAGCACCGGGCUCGGUACCGAGCACCAGAACCGCAUCAGGCACCGGGACCGCACCGGGCUCGGUACCGAGCACCGGGACUGCAUCAGGCACCGGGACCGCACCGGGCUCGGUACCGAGCACCAGAACCGCAUCAGGCACCGGGACUGAACCGGGCUCGGUACCGAGCACCGGGACUGCAUCAGGCACCGGGACUACAUCAGUCACCGGGACCGCACCGGGACCGCACCGGGACCGCACCGGGCUCGGCACCGAGCACCAGAACCGCAUCAGGCACCGGGACCGCACCGGGCUCGGUACCGAGCACCGGGACUGCAUCAGGCACCGGGACUACAUCAGUCACCGGGACCGCACCGGGACCGCACCGGGCUCGGCACCGAGCACCAGAACCGCACCAGGGAUCGGGCUCCGCCCCGGGACCAUCUCGGGCUCCUCUCCGAGACCGCCCCGGGACCAGACCGAGCUCGGCACCGAGCGGCUCGAACCGCCCCGGGACCGCGCCGGGCUCCGCUCCGAGGCCGCCCCGGUGCCCCCGGCUCCGUCCCGAGCCCCCCGCGGGUCCCCCCAUGGCUCUGGUGCUGCAGCUCCGCUCCGUCUCCGGCCUCCGCGGCAAAGGCGACCGCAUCGCCAAGGCGGCGUUCCGGGGACUUUCCUUCUACACGCGAGUGCUGGAAAACUGCGAGGACGAGGCCAAGUUUGAGGAGACUUUCCGCUGGCCGGUGGCGACCAACAUCGACGGGAAUGAGAUCCUGGAGAUCCAAGUGUUCAACUACAGCAAAGUCUUCACCAACAGGCUCAUCGGGACGUUCCGCAUGGUCCUGCAGAAGGUGGUGGCGGAAGGGCAGCUGGAGGUGACGGACACGCUCAUCGACGACAACAACUCCGCCAUCCAGGUGCGCCAAUGGAACACAUUCCCGUCGUUCCGUGUGUGCCCGGGCCCUGCUGGAUCUGCGGGAACGGGAAUGCCGGUGUUCCCACCUGGAUCCACAGCCUUGACUUGAUAUCCCGUUAUUCCCGGCUGGAAGGGGUGAGGCAGCCGGGAAUGUCCCGAGGGUGCACAGAGCAGCCUGGAUUGGAGAAGUGUGGGAAGUUUGGGAUGAGGGAAAAGCAGGGAUAGAUCUGGUUUGAUCCCAGCACGGAUGGGGGAACCAGAGCCCAGGAUGGAAUCACUGAUGGAAUUCCAGACUGGUUUGGGUGGGAAAGGACUUUAAAUCCCACCUCAUUCCAGCUGUGACACCUUCCACCAUCCCAGGGUGAGCCAGCCUUUCCUUGGUCACUGCCAGAGAUCCAGGGAUUCUCUGGGAAUUCCAGCCCAGCCAGGAAUUCCUUCCCAAGAUCCCAGCCCAAGCUCCCCUUUCCCAGUGGGAGCCAUUCCCUGGCUCCUG